AUGAUUUUUCUUAAAUUCCUUGAUGAUUAUCAACGUGUUGACAACAAUUCUGUACAAUCAUUUUCAUUAUUUUCUCAACGUUUAAAUGAACGACGUCGAAUGACAUGUGAUGAAUUAUUAAUAAAUCCGGUUGUACGAUUUCGACAAACAUUUGAUUUAUUAGAAAAACAAAUGAAGAAUUCAUCAAAAUCAACGAAUCCAUUAAUAACGAAAAUUGUAAAAAAACUUUUUGAAUAA